AUGGGUGCCGGAAGGCGGAUGAAGAGAAAACAGGGUGCCCCCGAGCCCCUUUCAGAAGAACACUAUGCAAGACUCAAGCGCAAGGCUGGCAUGCCAGUCGACACUCCCGCAGAAGCUCCCGACAAGAAGAGAAGACGAACAGCAAAGAAUGCGCAGUCCAAAGCCAACGGCUCUGCUGCCUCUGUGAAGAAGUCUGCCGCGUCGAACAAGUCCCAUGGCGACAAGUUGGUAAAGUCAAAGCCCAAUGGCAAGUCAAAAGGCAGGCAAGCCAAACCCGCCAUGCCGGACCGGGAAGACGGCGAUGUCGAGCUCGAUGACGACGAGCUCGACGCAGAUGACUUGGGUAUCGAAAAACUAUCCGACCUUGACGACGGCGAGGGCGAGGGCGAGGGCGCGACGUUGGGCGACGAUUUUCUGGGCUCAGACUCAUCCGUGUUUGACUCGGGCGACGAGAACGACCAUGUCGGGAAGCCUAUAUUUUCUGAGGACGAAGACGAGUCUGACGCCGAGGAGAAGCUCACGGCCGCCAACAUUGAAGGACUCUCGAGAAAAUUGGACCGCAAGCUGGCCGAGGAAGCGGCUGCCAACGCGGCCGAAAUUGCCGAGAGCGCCCUGCAGACCAACAUCAUUGACGGCGACACGCCGCACGUCGUUGACGACGCCGGGGACGACGAGCUGUCUGCCAAGACAAACGCCCUCCUCGCCCCGGAUCUGCAGCUUCUCCGGACGCGAAUCACGGAAAACGUCCGCGUGCUCGACGACUUUGCCAAUCUGGCCGAGGACGGGCGCUCGCGAUCCGAGUACACUGCCCAGUUGAUCAAGGAUGUGUGCGCAUACUACGGCUACUCCGAGUAUCUCGCCGAAAAGCUGUACAAUCUCUUCCCCCCCCGGGAGGCAUUCGCCUUUUUCGAAGCCAACGAGACUGCCCGUCCCGUCGUCGUCCGCACUAACACCCUGCGCACGCACCGUCGCGAUCUCGCGCAGGCCCUCAUCAACCGCGGCGUCACCCUGGAACCGGUUGGCAAGUGGUCCAAGGUCGGCCUGCAAGUCUUUGAGAGCAGCGUGCCCCUCGGAGCCACGCCCGAGUAUCUCGCCGGCCACUACAUCCUCCAGGCCGCCUCCUCCUUCCUGCCCUGCAUGGCGCUCGACCCCCAGGAGGACGAGCGCGUGCUCGACAUGGCUGCCGCCCCGGGCGGCAAAACAACCUACAUGGCAGCCAUGAUGAAGAACACGGGCGUCAUCGUGGCCAACGACCCCAACAAGGCCCGCGCAAAGGGCCUCAUCGGCAACAUCCACCGCCUCGGCGCCCGCAACGUCAUCGUGUCCAACUACGACGCGCGCGAGUUUCCCAAGCCCAUGGGCGGAUUUGACCGCGUCCUCCUCGACGCACCCUGUUCCGGAACGGGCGUCAUUGCCAAGGACCCCAGCGUCAAGACCAACAAGACGGAGCUCGACUUCAUGCAGCUGCCGCACACGCAGAAGCAGCUGCUCAUCGCGGCCAUCGACUCGGUCAACCACUCGAGCAAGUCGGGCGGGUACAUAGUCUACUCGACGUGCUCGGUGACGAUUGAGGAGAACGAACAAGUCGUCCAGUACGCGCUCAGGCGCAGGCCAAACGUCAGGCUCGUCGACACGGGGCUGGCCUUUGGAAAGGAGGGCUUCACAAGCUUCAUGGGCAAGAAGUUCGACCCCAGUCUCCGCCUCACAAGGAGGUACUACCCCCACGCGUACAACGUCGACGGCUUCUACGUCGCCAAGUUUAAGAAGAUUGGGCCCACGCCCACCCAGGCUCCCCGGGGCCACACCCCCAGGGCGGGCGCGCCCGGCGGCGGCGGCGGCGGCGGCGGCGACGGCGGCGAGGACGACACCAUUGACAAGACGCCCAUAUCUGCCGACGACCAAGAGGGCGGCGAGGACGACUUUGGCGGCUGGGACGAGGACGAGGACAACGAGUACAUUGAGCGGGGGCGGAGGAAUGCCAUGCGCAGACGCGGCCUGGAUCCGAGGAGUAACACCAAGGCCAAGAGGGGGUCUCAGUGA